UAAUCAGAAAUGGCAACAAAUAUCGGAAUGAUGGAUUCUGCUUACUUUGUCGGUCGAUCUGAGAUCUUAGCCUGGAUCAACAGCACUCUCCGACUCAAUCUCUCCAAAGUCGAAGAGGCAUGUUCUGGUGCUGUUCAUUGUCAGCUCAUGGAUGCAUCACAUCCUGGUAUGGUGCCUAUGCACAAGGUCAAUUUCGAUGCCAAGACGGAAUACGACAUGAUUCAGAACUACAAGGUUCUUCAAGAUGUUUUCAACAAACUCAAGAUCACCAAGCACAUUGAGGUGAGCAAGCUGGUGAAAGGAAGACCACUGGAUAAUCUUGAAUUCAUGCAAUGGAUGAAACGAUACUGUGAUUCUGUUAGCGGAGGCGGUCAUCAAAAUUACAAUCCUCAGGAGAGAAGAGAAGCUUGCAAAGGUGGGAAAGAUGUGAGCAAGAAAUUCGCACCAUCACAACCGACUCGGGGUUCCACGGCUGCACCUAGAACUCAUAAUUCUCGAAAACCCGAUGCACCCUCUGUCAACUCAACAGCCCCUCCUGCCAAAAACGCUAAACCCGCUUCAACCGUAGACACAUCUGCAUACGAUCAACAGAUAACUGAACUGAAACUAACAAUGGAUAGCCUCGAGAAAGAAAGGGAUUUCUACUUUGCGAAGCUGAGAGACAUUGAAAUCCUGUGCCAACUUCCCUCCAUCUCAAGUUUGCGGGCCAUUGAAGCCAUAAAAAGGAUCUUGUAUGCUGCUGAAGAGGAUGCGACGACCGUUGAAGAAGCCCAAGCCAUGAUUCUCAAGCAAGGAAAUCCGAUAUCUGAAGAAGAAGAAGAAGAGCAGUCGAAAUCAGAUUCACAGAAGAGGAAAAACAUGGUGAAUGCCGAAGUUGAUGUAGCCGCGAACACAGCAUUGUCUCCUAGGCGAAGGGUCUCGGAUGCUUCCGAUGUCCAUUCUAGCGGUUCGCCUCUUAUAUCCUACUGAUGAUCAUCAUCAUCUAGAAUCAUCUAGAACUAGAAGUGAUUCAGUGAUUAGACGACAACGUAUUCGAGAUGUUCCCAUCUCCUGGUGUUGUCGAUUUCGGAAAGGUAUAUGAGAGCACACAUUGAGCGUUAUUUUAGAUACUGAUUGUAUCUCAAAAUGUAAAAACAUUGU